CAUUUGUCUCAUUUUUGUACUUCUAAUGUAUUUACUCCUUCCUUGCAAAAAUCUGCUAGUGAGAAGAUUCAUUGGUCUAAAGGGCAUGGAGUAGUAAAGAAAGCACUUAGCCUAAUGAUACGACUUAAGUGUGAUGAUGAAUUUUUUGAUAUGAUAGAAAAUUUUAUUUCAUCCAAAACACAUGAGCUACAACUUUUGGAAGAAAAUAAAGUUGCUAGCAAUGUUGAAUCACAACCUGCUAUUAUGAAUUUGCUCGUGACAAAAUGUCGUGGCCGCCCAUCUAAACACUACAAGAGUUCACUAGAACAUUGUACGAUUUCUUUUUUAAAAAUCGUGCUUGCGGACGUGGAUUUGAGCCGAUCAGACCAUAGUCAACUUGAUAAGUUAUUGGUUAUUAUUAAACAAAAUCGUAUGUUUUCUGGCAACGGCUCAAAACUCAAAGAUAU